AGAACUAAAUUGGCCAUAAACAAAAAAUAAAUAUGGCGUCCAGUUUUUUGUGUGUGCAAUAAAAUUAAUUGCUAACGUGAGAAAGGGCCAUGUAGUGAAUAUUUUCGCUUUAUUAAACUUUCCUACAUAAUAUAACACCAAAAUGAAUCAUCUUAGUGCAAGAAAAUUGAAUUUCAUAUAUCUUUCUUGUUGGGGAAGUCUUUGUGCCGAUACUGCCAGUAGCGUCGUUGUCGUGUGCCGCCUUUUAGAUCGCGUUGAUUAGAGCAAUUUACGAAGAUCUCUUUUCAUAGUCUACAUUAGCUGCCUCAGUUUUCAAGUGUAAUCAACUGUUCAUCGAGCAAAUGAAUCGGUCGGCGUUUUGAUGUUUGUCGGACGCAUGGGUGCGUAAUGUGUUAGUAGUUGUGUGAAAGCGUACAUGUAAUGGCUUAGCUGUCAUGACAUGAACUUGUGUGUUUACUAUCAAAUAGUGAAUUUGUGUUAGUUGGUUUGUUUUUGUUGGUCGCUGCCCGACCAGCGUCCCGGUCCUAACAUGUGUAUGCCAACGCCUAGUAAUGUGUCGAACUUUGGUUACUCGUGGGGCUUCACCAGCUCCGGAGAGCUCACGAAGAGCGAGGUGGAGACUCCCAGCAGCCUCUCCUACACCCUCGGGAAUACGGGCUCACCUGAAACCACACUGACUGUGAUGACUCACAAGACACCACAAGUGCAAGAGAAGGUCGGGACCGUUGUAGCUGUCUCCAAUAACUCUGCUCAAGUCACUCGUGUGCUGACAACGGGCACUCCCGUUGCUGGUCGCCGAGCCAUGUUUGUGCUCAACGAAGCCCCCGCCCACUCCAUCAACAGAGUUUCUCAGCAGAAUCAGACUGCCACCAUACAAACAACAAAUCUGUCAGCAAAAUCAUUCAUGACACACCUAGGUCCAAUCCAGCUGACUGCCGAGGAAUGCAAUGAGAUACUAGUGAAGCGGGCUCUGCAGGCCCAAGGGAUUGCCACACCAGUCAUAGACGCAUCACAACUGAACCACACUCUUCUGAACGGUGGCUUGAAGAGUCUGGUGGAGGCCACGGCGCAGCAGCAGCAGCAACAACAGCAGUCGCAGCAGGAGAGCAUACAGACCACCGUGCACCAGCACCAGCUGCUGCAGCACACCAAGCAGGAGCCGGGGACCACUAACAAUUCACCAAAGGCGGUAUAUUCGCAGACGGAGAUGCUGAGCAACAAUGGCAUGUCCCAAGCGCCGGUGGCGGCCAAGGAGCGGCCCUACUCGUGCGACGAGUGCGGCAAGUCCUUCCUGCUCAAACACCACCUCACGACUCACGCGAGGGUGCAUACAGGGGAGAGGCCGCACGUUUGCGCGCACUGCGGCAAGGCGUUUGCGAGGAAGCACUGUCUCAACACGCAUCUGUUGCUUCACUCGGCGGAUCGCCCGUACCGCUGUCACGAGUGCAAGAUGGCGUUCACGCUGAAGCAUCAUCUGGUCACGCAUUCGAGGGUGCACAGCCGCGACCGCCCCUUCGUGUGCGGCGAGUGCGGGCGCGGGUUCCCGCUGAAGCGCCACCUGGUGACGCACGGCAAGUACCACGCCGGGGAGCGGCCCUACGUGUGCAAUGAGUGCGGGGAGAGCUUCGCGCAGAAGGAGCACCUAGUGAUGCACAGCCGCUUCCACGGCUCCCUAACUCCCUUCGUGUGCCCCGACUGUGGAGUCUCCUUCGCUCGCAAGUUCCAGCUAGUAAACCACGGCCGAGUUCACGGCAAGGUCCCCCAUGCCUGUCCGGUGUGUGGCAAGGAGUUCCUGCAGAAGCGGACACUCGUCGCGCACAUGAAGGCCCACGAAGCGGAUGGCAGCGUCAUCUUUGAAGAUAAUAUGCAGAAACAUGAGGACAUGCUCACGGACAAUGAGAUCCAAGGCAAAACCGUUCACGUGUGCCCCAUCUGCGGGAAACAAUUUGCGCAAAAACGAAGCCUGAUCGCGCACGUCAAAGUCCACACGGGUGACGGCGUCGUGGCCUGCCUCGACUGCGGGGAAGCCUUCAAGUCCAAGUCGGAGCUGCACCAGCACUGCAAGAUCACGCGGCACUGCCUCGCCAUCAACAACACGCAACAACAACAACAACAAGUUCAACAACAAGUGCAACAACAGGUGCAACAGCAAGUUCAACAGCAGGUGCAGCAGCAAGUGCAACAGCAGCAGCAGCAGCAGCAACAGCAACAACAGCAGCAGCAGCAGCAGACUGUUAUAAAGCAGGACGAUUUUAAGCCGCAAAUCGUACAGGUGAUCAGCUCAGAUGGCCAGCUAAUAGGAGAGAAAUCGUCGCCGGCCUACAACUGCCACGAGUGCGGUUCAUGUUUUAAUACUAAGGAAGCCUUAUCCCUCCACGUGCGUCUGCACGCGGGCGACCGCACGUGCGUGACGGACCUGUGCGCGCUCACCGCCGCGCUGCAGCCCGGCCUCGUCGCCGCCGCGCAGCAGCACACGCAGCAGAAUCAAGGCAUCCAGAUAAUACAGAGUCCAAACAACGUUGUUCACACGCAAGUUAUAGCUACGAAUCAUCACAUAGCAGCGCCUCGGCCGAAGAUCCAUUUCUGCGUGGACUGCGGCAAAGGUUUUGCAGCUAAACACGGACUGUUAGCACAUCACAGGAGACACCCGGACGGCAGCUGCACGCUGCGCACGCACGUGUGCGACCAGUGCGGGAAGGCGUUCUUCCAGAAGAACCACCUGAUGCUGCACCAGCGGCAGCACAUGGACCUGCCCAGCAGAAAUCAGUCACAAGCGCAACAACAAGCGAAUCAGCAACAACAACAACAACAGCAGCCGCAACAAGCGGCGCAGCAGGUUCAGCAACAAGUUCAGCAGCAGGUGCAACAGCAGGUGCAACAAGUGCAGCACCAGGUGCAACAUCAGCAGAACAUGAACGAUAUUGAGGAGCAUCAGCAGCCGGCUCUUAUACAGGUGACGAACCGGUCGGGCCAAGUGAUCGGCAACCAGAUCCUGCUGGGCAACAUCAACGCGCGCCGCCAGAUCAUCGGCUCUCAACUGCACAUCAUCGGCAGAGACGGCAAGACGAUUGGUACCCAGUUACAGCCGAAGCUUGAGAGACAUCACACUACUAGCGGCGACGUGAAGGACGUGGGCGGGCUGGUGCUGUCCGCGGGGCGCUCCAACCUCAUCAAGUACGAGAUCUCGCUGCCGCCGCCGACCUCCGUGGUGCAGGUCCAUAACCUCGACUGA